AUGUCAAUGGGAAACGAAUCGAGUUGGGUUGGAAGGAAAGCUGUGAAGCGAAUUGGAGGAAUGUCCGAUGCUCUAUCAAUUGCCGCUGAUCUCGGUUUCAACGUCUCAUCUUCAUCUUCCCCCCACGAUCCGCCUCAGAAUUCGUCUCCAACAACCGGUGAAAAGGGUGAAGACCUAAUUAGGGUUUUGAGAGAAUUAACUUCCGUUCAAAGGAAAAUUGCUGAUCUGCAAGUCGAACUUCAAGGACGAAAGGAUGAUAAAAAUGUUGCACAUUUGACGCAUGUGAGUGAAAUGAAGAACAAGAUUGAAACCUUGGCAAGGAUUACUACUAUUCUUAAAGAUGUUAUUCAUAAUAAGGACCGCAUAAUUGCUCGUCUGCAACAGCCAUAUUCCCUGGAUUGCAUUCCUGUUGAAGCAGAAUAUCAGAAAGAAUUCUCCGAACUACUGAUGAAGGCCGCUAGUGACUACGGUGCCUUGACAGCAUCAGUGGCAGAUUUCCAAUGGAGUCAGAAUUUUAAGGAACCUCCUUCAGUUUGGGGGGAGAUGCUACGACCUAUUCCUGUAGCAUUGGCGUCUUGCACUCGAUACUUUGAAGCAAUGUCCGCGAAAAGAGAGUCAUUUUCAGCUCUUCAAAAAAUGAGAGUGGGACAGUUUGAUUCGACUGUACCUAGGACGCCGGCCAGAGAUCCUUCCCAAAGACUUCCAGGAGUAUCUGAUUCUCUGACUUCGCUUCCAUCAGAAUAA